UCGUGACCGCAGUGACCGUGAGCUCAAGCGGCGCUGGCAAUCAUCUUGUUGGUAGUGAGCUCCAGCCCUUCAUACGCGAAUGGCUCUCAUUACCCCAUUACUCGCGUUUUUGUAUCAUUUGCCUAGGGUUUACCAGUGGUUGUUGAGACCCUAUUAUGUUGCCUCUAUAUUCUUGUCGGUGGCAUUUUUAUUGGUGCGCAAAAGCCCCGGACUAUGUGAGAAUCUACCGUCGCAGAGAGAGGAUGGCAAUUCAUGCGACUUCGACUGGAGAGAAGUAGAGAUUCUGAUGUUUUUAAGUGCAAUCGUUAUGAUGAAAAACAGAAGAGCGAUCACUGUGGAGCAGCAUGUUGGCAACAUCUUCCUUUUUAGCAAAGUUGCAAAUGUCAUUUUAUUUUUUCGUUUGGAUAUCCGAAUGGGCCUUCUUUAUCUAACACUAUGCAUUGUUUUCCUGAUGACAUGCAAACCUCCCAUGUACAUGGGACCAGAGUACGUAAAGUACUUCAGCGACAAGACCAUUGAUGAAGAACUUGAGAAGGACAGACGUGUAACCUGGCUCAUUGAGUUCUUUGCCAACUGGUCUCCUGAAUGCCAGUCCUUUGCAUCAGUUUAUGCAGACCUUUCUCUCAAGUAUAACUGUGCUGGGCUAAAGUUUGGAAAAGUGGAUGUGGGGCGAUAUAGUGAAGUUUCUAAAAAGUACAAAGUGAGCACAUCCUCUUUGACCAAACAGCUGCCUUCUCUCAUUUUGUUUCAAGGAGGCAAGGAAGUCAUGAGAAGACCCCAGAUUGAUAAGAAGGGCAGAGCUGUGUCCUGGACUUUCUCUGAGGAGAACAUAAUUCGUGAAUUCAAUCUAAAUGAACUUUAUCAGAAGUUAAAGAAACUGCCUAAAGGACGUGUUCAAGAUUUUGAGCCCAAGUAUGAAAAUAUUCCUGAGGAAGAUGCCAGUCAGACUCAGGAAAAUGGAACAGAAAAGGUGACACCAGAAAGCAAGAAAGACAAGUAAACUUAUUUCCUGUUAUACUCUGGUAAAAGAAAGUAUGGGAAGUCUGUCUGAGAAGAAAAAGGGAGGCCUGGCACAUGCAAAAUUUGUAUUACACCUAAUACACGCUGCCCUGACAUUACAUUUUGUCAUAAUCUUAAUGCCUACCUUUACCGCUAGUGAAUAAAUGUCUUAAUUUUAGCACUCCAUCAGGCAGCUUCCUGUCAUCUAAAAGUUAGUUACUAAUCAGUGCAAAUUAAAAAACAUACAUGAGAGAUGCUUUGACAGAUAUUUUUAUUACGCACUAUCGAUGUUCAACCAGCACAUUCCUCUGUGAAAAUUUUGAGUUCUGCAGAACUGUAUUGUUUGGAUUGGGUAAUUGCUGGUAGACAGGACUGGAGUAAUUUUGAAAUAAUUGUGUUACUUAAAUCUAGGGUAAGUUGUAAAAUGAUAGCUUCACCCAUUUAGUAUUAUCUUGAAAUUCCAAGUUGCACUUAAGAGUGUGCUUGGUUUUGUUACAGUCCCAUUCUGAAAAGGGAGUGGGGAAUAGAGAGGGGGGAAUGUCUGUCUAAAGGUGUAAAUCUAGCAGUUUUUUUUUUUUUUUUUUAACUAGCAUGUUUUUAUUUAUUUGCCAAUAGAGAGAUUUUAAAGAUUUGUUUUGAUUGUAUAAGUUCAUAACUAUUGUUUGAAAUCAGAAAUAAAUGUAUUGAGCAUUAUCAAUAAAAUGUUGAACUAUUUCUA